AUGUGGUAUUUGCACGUGUUGGGUUUCAUUUCCUUCGUUGUUUUCUUCUCAUUCAAUUCAAUUAAAGCCGAUAAAACAACUAAAAAUUCAGAAUACGUACAAGAUGAAGUCUCUUCAUUUCCUACUGCAGUGCUUUGCGAAAAUCGUUUGACUGCCUUCACUGUGUCCGACAAUACAUGUCUUGCAUCGAGUAGUUCAUUAGUCUAUAAGGAUGUUGCUGAGGAAGUUUGCUUAAAGAUGUGCAGCAAUAACAGAGAUAAUAAUGGCCGGACAAUAUUGUGUGCAUCCGUAGUUUAUGAUCAGGCAACCUUUGUGUGCACAAUUUACCGAUCUAAAAGUUAUCCGGAAGGUGACUUAAAAACCGAGAUUGCUCCAGGACAACGUCUCUUCGAGAAAUUUUGCAUAAAAGAUGCACCAACCGAAUGUGCAGAUAGUCGAUUCUUGAAGAUAGAUCAGUCAGUCAUCAUUGGUUAUGCAAAAAAUGUUUCAAUGGCAAGAUCUAUUGAGGAAUGUAUCGAGCAAUGCCUCACCGAACAUUUUCAGUGCAGAUCGGCAAUGUAUUUUUACACGGAAGGUGAAUGCAUAACGAACACGGAAUCAGCCAUGACCCAGCCAACAUCAUUUGCUCGAGAAGAAAAUGAUAAGGUUAUUUACAUACAAAAUGGCUGUCCAGCAAUACUAGCACGACAAAGACAAUUGGAAAACUUAACAACAGCAGUUACGGAAUCAUUGCUUAUUGUAGCAGAUGAACAUAUUGAUGAUGUUAAUGAUAAUGAAGAUAACAACAGCAAAGGAACAAAAGAAGACAAGGAAAUAACAAACAUGGAUGACAUUACUAUUGUCAACUCAUCCACUGAAGAAAACACACUGAAACAGCAAAACGAUUUGAAUGAUCGUGUUUAUCACGACAGUUACGAAGAGGAAAAUGACAACUUAAUCGAGACAGAUUCCACAGGAAAAUUUGGCUCAGUCGAAGAAUUAACAACAGCAAGCACCAUUAAACAAAUGUCGAAGAUGCUGGACCAGAAUUUAAAAAAUUGGGAACUGGCAGUGGUAGAGCCAGCUCCGACAAACGACUCAAAUCACUGA